AGGACAUGUAUCAGACACGUGAGAGCAGGUGCCCGUAUUGACAGAAAGGAGGCAAUGGAACUGAGGAUUGGGGAUGUCAUCGAGCCACAAUCAACAAAAACCGAAGCAAACCAAACCAAACCAAACACCCCGAACAGAAGAGCUGUCCAUGGGCCAGUGUUGAUGUGCUCUGAACUAAGGAGUACGAUUACAAUCCGAGGUACAAAAUAAUAACUAAGAAAAAAUAUUACAAAACCAAAAUCAAUUGUGAAGGAUGUCACGCAGAACGCUCCGUAAGGGCACAAGCCUGAGACCAGAGGCUGUGACCGUCUCCAUCACUCCAACGCUGCGGUGGCCACUUUCCGACACAGGACCCUCACGCACAGGACCCACUCAGCCGCCGGGAAGUGCGCAUGUGCGCGGUGAGGCCUUUCCCGCUUCCCGUCGCUUCCCUUUCGGCCUCAGCCCCACCCACAGCCGACGCCAUUGUUUCCGGUACGGUGCAGGAACAGCCCGAGCGUUUCGGGGCCCGACUUCUCUGGCCCUCCCACUUCUGCCGCGCUCCUGCGGUUGUCUCAGUCGCUGGGGAAGGUAGUUACCAAUAAAGUUUUUCUGUUUCAAAGCCGGGCCGAUUGGGCGGGGCGCCUUCCCCUUGCCCGUUGUCCGCAGUUCCUCUGGCUACAGGCAGUGAGCUUCUGGGCGUCAUGGCCAGGGGCCGCCGCGGCCGGGCGGGUAUGAGACCGCCUUUCGCUGCCCGCGCGCUCCCGGGGCUUCUGGGCCCGCCUGCGUCCGCCUCAGUCUGAGCGCAGUCCCUCCACGCCCACGGGCCGCCUCGCGCCGGACCCCAUGGCUUCCGAGGCGCCGUCUUCUUCGUUGUCACCAUCGCCACCCACCUCUCCCGAGCCUGAACUGGCCCACUUGAGGCGGAAGGUGGAGAAGUUGGAACGCGAGCUGCGGAGCUGCAAGCGGCAGGUGCGGGAGAUCGAGAAGCUGCUGCACCACACGGAGCGUCUGUACCAGAGCGCCGAGAGCAACAACCAGGAGCUCCGCACCCAGGUAGAAGAGCUCAGUAAAAUACUCCAUUGUGGGAGAAAUGAAGAUAGUAAAAAGUCUGAUGUAGAAGUACAAACAGAGAACCACCCGCCUUGGUCAAUCUCAGACUAUUAUUAUCAGACAUACUAUAAGGAUAUUAGUCUUCCAAAUAAAGUGACUGAACUCUCUGUUCAUCAAGAUCAGGAUAUCAAAGCUUCUACUUGCAAUUCUAAAGACCAGUCACAAAUAGAAAGUGAUACUUACACUGGUACUGAUAUAACGGAAAAGGUUGAAUGUGGACAAGAGGACCAUUUUGCCUCAAAUUCACAGGAGCCAGCAUCUGCAUUAGCAACAGAAGAUACAUCUUUAGAAGGUUCAUCACUAGCUGAAAGUUUGAGAGCUGCAGCAGAAGCUGCUGUAUCACAGACUGGAUUUAGUUAUGAUGAGAAUACUGGACUGUAUUUUGACCACAGCACUGGUUUCUAUUAUGAUUCUGAAAAUCAACUGUAUUAUGACCCUUCCACUGGAAUUUAUUACUACUGUGAUGUGGAAAGUGGUCGAUAUCAAUUUCAUUCUCGAGUAGAUCUGCAACCUUAUCAGACUUCUGGCACAAAACAAAGUAAAGAUAAAAAGUUGAAGAAGAGAAGAAAGGAUCCAGAUUCUUCUACAACAAAUGAGGAAAAGGAUUUGAAUUCAGAAGAUCAAAAAACAUCCAGUGUGGACCAUAUAAGCUGCAGUGAGGGAGACGAUUUUGCAAAUGUGAAAAAGAAGGCCAAGAUAGACCUUCAUUACAAAAAUAGUUCCCCUAAAUUCACUGUUCCAGUUAGCGGAAAGACUAGAGAAUCUCCUCUUAAUGAAAACAUCUACAAUUCGACUUCAUUUAAAGAUGAGAAAAUCAUAGAGACUGAUAGCGAGCCAGAAGAAGGUGAAAUUACAGACUCUCAGACCGAGGACAGUUAUGACGAAGACAUUACCAGUGAAGACAAUGUAACUGCAGAAGACACUGAGGAUGAAGAUGAAGAAAAAAUUUGGCCGCCAUGUAUUAGAGUAAUUGUUAUUAGAUCACCAGUGUUGCAGACAGGCUCACUUUUUAUUAUUACAGCUGUAAACCCUGCUACAAUUGGAAGAGAAAAAGAUAUGGAGCAUACUCUCCGAAUCCCUGAAGUUGGUGUCAGUAAGUUUCAUGCAGAAAUUUAUUUCGACCAUGACUUACAAAGUUAUGUCCUUGUGGAUCAAGGCAGUCAAAAUGGUACAGUUGUUAAUGGAAAGCAGAUUCUUCAGCCUAAAACUAAAUGUGACCCUUACGUACUUGAGCAUGGAGAUGAAGUAAAAAUUGGAGAAACGGUGUUGUCCUUUCACAUACACCCUGGCAGUGACACCUGCGAUGGCUGUGAACCAGGGCAGGUUAGAGCUCACCUUCGUCUUGAUAAGAAAGAUGAAUCUUUUGCUGGUCCAGCACUGAGCAAGGAGGAAAAAGAGUUGGAAAGGAGAAAAGAACUAAAGAAAAUACGAGUAAAAUAUGGUUUGCAGAAUACAGACUAUGAAGAUGAAAAGGCAUUGAAGAAUCCAAAAUAUAAAGAUAGAGCUGGGAAACGUAGGGAGCAGAUUGGAAGUGAAGGAACUUUCCAAAGAGACGAUGCUCCUGCAUCUGUUCAUUCUGAAAUUACUGACAGCAACAAAGGUCGGAAGAUGUUAGAGAAGAUGGGUUGGAAAAAAGGAGAGGGCCUAGGGAAAGACGGUGGAGGAAUGAAAACUCCGAUCCAGCUCCAGCUUCGGCGAACACAUGCAGGCCUGGGGACAGGCAAACCAUCCUCAAUUGAAGAUGUUCACCUUCUCCAAAACAAGAGCAAGAAGAACUGGGAGAAAGCACGAGAGAGGUUUGCUGAAAACUUCCCAGAAACUAAACCUCAAAAAGAUGCACCAGGGACCGUGCCUUGGGUCAAAGGGACUGUAGAGUGAAGGUCAGUCAUAGUACACACUUCAAGCUUUUUUACAAAAAGAGUCUGGAAACUCUUUUAUUUUAUUGCAGAACUUUUCCCUCCAAAAGGGCCAGUGGCAUGAGGGAACUGUAUCACCAUUCACCCCCUCAUGAUUCAUAAGUGUAUAAUAAAGUGUGGUUUGCAGCUUUUAAAAAAACAUUUUUUGAAACUAAUAAAUAGUGACUGAGUCAAGUUAUUUGGUGAGUGCAUUAAAGUUCACAGGGCAUGGAUGAGCUUAUCAAACUUUGUUAUUUUAUCUUGUCAUUUCCAAGACCGACAUAAGUAACUAGCCAUAUAGGCAAAAUUCAUAUAUCCACUAGUGACUUAAAUGUACAUUUGUCUUUGUAUCCAUAUAUUCAUUAUUGUAAGGUGUGCAACAAGAAAACAUCAAAAGUUUAUAAAAACAAUUCUGACUAUAUACAUUCUUGUUUCAUGCCCUUUAGAACUUAGAUAAAAAUGUUGAGAAAACAUGGAUAGUGGUGCAUAAAUUUUAUUAUCCUUGAAAUAACAUAAGUAAUAUUAUUGAAGAACUAAUGAACAGGUGACAUGUUGUAGAAAAUUAGUCUUUCAUUGUUUUCUUCUGUGAAGAAUCUGUUGACUUGUACUAUGUAUUAAGCAUUGACCUUUGGUUUGUUUCAUAGCUGAAAUAUUUAGAUAUGAACAAUUGAGUAAAAUAUUGAACUAUUCAAUAUGCUGGCAUUUGUAGUUUUGAUAAAUCCCAUUGCUGGCAAUGGAGUUGUGCCAGAGAAACCUGAUUUCUACUGCAAACACAUUACCUAGCCAAGGCCUCAAACUCAAGAUAUGUACUGAAAGUGUCCUAAAAUGCAGUAAAAACAUUAUAACAUCAAAGAGAGUCAUUGACUGAACCAAUGAUUUGAACAUACUGGUCUGCUUUUAACUCAGGACCAGCCAGAAUUUUCCUUUUUAAAUUGACAGAGCAAUAACAGAAGGAUAACCUCAAAUACUGGAGAGCUGCAAUGCCAUGUUCUGAACGCAGGUGUCACUGCUCUCUGCCGGUCACCACUAUUCUUGUCUGUUUAAUUUUGCUCUCAGCUUUUUCUGGGAACUUAAUGCUGGAACUGACCCUUUUCUGGCAGUGACUAUAAGCUAUAUGUGUUCAAGAUUUAGAAUAGGAAAGGAAAAUUCUGAAAAAAAUUAUACAUUAGGGAGGAUAAUUUAGAAAGAAAGGCUACCUGUUAGAAUUUCUAGUCUAGGUGGUACAGGGUACCUUGAAAGAAAAGAGAGUGAGGAAAGAAAAUUUAUUACUAAAGAUGAGUCAUCUGACCAAAUUGUCAUGUUCCUAUAGGCCUAAGAUGGGAUAAUCAGAGGUCCUAGAACUGCAGACCUGGAUAAAGUAUUUUUCUGUAUCCUUCCUGACCCUAACACAUGUACUUUAGACUUGGAGGCAACAGGAUUUUCCUGCAUUAUUUUAUCCAAAAUAUAAAAAAUUAUCUAAAUGUGGUUUUGGUACUGGUGCUCUAUAUAUAGGUAAUACAGGACUCCCAAAGUCAACUUCGCUUCUGGUAGAUCUCACUCACUGGGUUAGUACACAACUAUCUGUAUAAUAGUUCCCAUUUUUAUUAUUGGAUUGCAGAAAACUUUUUUCAUUGUUUUCUUUUGUUAAGAAAAUGGAAACUUGAAAAUGGUGAUAAAAAUUGAAAUAUAUGUGAUAUUUGCAUUAUUAAAACCCUUUGCAGAUCUAAAGUCUCAGGGCUACACUAUAUAGUGGUUAAAGCACUGAAUAAUGUCUGGGUCUAUUUCCAACUGUGAAAUAAGAAUAAUAUUUAUCUCACAUGUCUGUCUUGAAUAGAAAAAUAGAAAAUGUAUAUAAAAGCACUUGGGAAACUGUAAAAGUAGUACAAAUGUGAGCUUCUAUUUGUUUAGAAGCAUAGAUGUGAAUUAUGUACAGUUUGGAUUACACAUAAAAUUGUUUUGUGUCAGUAUUUUAAAUUUUAGUUUAUUCACACAGUAUAAAUUUAUUAAUUUAAUAGCCUUUAAGUGUUUACUUUAAGCGGAGCUACAAGUUGUUGAAUUUGAGAAAUCUAACAUCUUAUAUUUUUGCCAGAAUAUGAGAAGCUGGCAAAAUUAAGAACGGAAGAAACUUAUCAGCAUUAGAAUAAAAUAACAGAAAUUGUUUUCUAGAAUUAAAUAGCUAGGAAGUACUUUUUCUCAGGAUUUUUUUUUUCUGCUUUUAGAACAAUUUUUACUUGUGAUGUUUCAUUUUUAUUCUAGUUGUGAACUUAAGAAAAGUAAUGGCUCACCCAAAUCAAAUACCUUCCAACUUUUCAUGUAAAGAUUAUUUCUAAUUGGUACAUUUUCAAAUUGCAGGCAAAAGAAGAUAGAAAUCUCAAACAAGGGAAAGCAAGAGGUGUCAGAGAUUUUGUACAAAGGCCAUCCUGUCAAGUUGCAGGACAGAGGGAUGUGCUUGGCAGGGAGCCAGAAAGGCAUUUCUGGACCCAACACGUAAAGGUGUUCUCAGCAACAGUUGAAAGUAUUUUCUCUAUCAUCUUAUUCUAAAUGUGCUUAUUAUUUUGUAGGGCAUCACGUAUCUGUGUUCUGAAUCUUUGAUUCAAAAUAUUUCAUUUUACUUUUUCAGACUUUAAAGUUGGAAAUACAUUUGGAUUAUUUAAAAUGA